CUGCGAUGCGAUCGGCCGUGUCCUGGACAGGCGGGAAGGACUGCGCGAUGGCGCUGUACGAGGCCAAGGCUGGCGGCCACGACAUUGCGCUUCUCGUGACCUUCGCGCCAGAGAACCCGAGCUUCCGCGCCCACCCGAUCCCGCUCAUGGAGGCGCAGGCGGCGGCCAUCGGGCUGCCCCAUAUCUUCCUCACGAUCCGCCCACCCGACUACGAUGGCAGCUACGAGGCCGCGCUGCGACGCCUGCAGAACGACCAUGGCAUCGAGUGUCUCGUCACGGGCGACAUUGACUUCAUUGGCACCAGCACCAGCAACUAUAUGAACGAUCGGUGCGCGGCCGUGGGCAUGGCGAUCCUCGCGCCGCUCUGGCAGCGGCCGCGGGAAGCGCUCAUGCACCUCGUUCUUGAGCGCGACUUUCACGUCGUGUUCUCGUGCGUCAAGGAAGCGUCGUUCCGAGAUGCUGCCGCGUGGCUCGGGCGACGCAUCACGCGCGAAGCACUGCGAGAUCUGUGCGCCCUGCACGCGUCCGACGGCGUCGACGUCUGCGGCGAGAACGGCGAGUACCACACCAUGGUGCUGCACGCACCCUACUUUUCUAGCCGCGUGUCGCUGCCCAGUACGUGUUUGAUCGAGUCGAAAGAUGGUCUCAGCUGUCUGCGCCUCGAGGCUGCGCCGACGCUACAGAAACUCGUUUAAGGUUCGUCGUGGAACCUGAGGCUGUAGCCCACGUACAGUGUGUCGCAUCUUGCGCGUUGACGUGAUGAAAGAGAGUUCGUUCGAUUGGGG